CCGGAUGUCCCUUUAUGCCGACCGACAAGUUAAUUGCGCCAAGUACACGCAUCAGGUGCCGAGACACGCCACGACAAUCUGUCAGUGAUCGAUAGCAAUAAACUUUGAGGCUCUAUUUUGUAAAGUGUUGUUGUGACUACUUAGAUCCUGGACAGCGCCAGGGAAUAAUGCUCGCUACCGACUCUACCAUUCGCUCGGGAACGAAUCAUGCCAACCGAGGUCCACCAAAAGCACGGCUCCCAGGCUAUCUUCCGAGACAGCGUAGAGAUAACUUGCAAUGUACUCAUAAGCACACGGUGCCACAUGUGAGCCAGACCGUGUCACGCUUGUGUGCUUCGCGUGCGGAAACGGUCCAACAACUGCUCGUGGAAAUACCCGAAACAUCUCGACCUGCCUCUGCCGCCGAUGAUGAAGACCUUGAUGAGCUGGAAGCCGGGCCGGGGCCGCAGAGCAGCGGCAGUGCUGGGCCCGACGUCUCCUUCGUUUCGUUGGUGGACGGCAAGUACACGGUUCGCGGAACGCUCUUGCUGCCAGCUUCCGCCGCGCAAGUGUACGGCAUGUUGACGGACUACGAGAAUUGUCAUCGGGUCUUCAGAAACAUUGCAUCUUCUCAGGUGGUGCGGCCCGCGGCGGGCAGUGUGGGACUGCAAGUCGUACAGAGUUGUCGCUGGAAGUUCCUCGCCUUCUCGGGGACCUUCAAGGUGCAGCUGGGCGUUAGUGAAGACCUGGACAGCGGCACGUUGCUCUUCAGCCUCGUGCAGUCCAACUUUAUGCGCGAUUUCGAGGGCCGGUGGACGGUACGGCCGGCGGACCCCCCGGCGACGGCGUCGGAGGCAGCGGCGGGAGAUCAGGAGUGGUGCGAAGUGGAGCAUCAACUUUCGGUGGUUCCGUCGGUGCCUGUGCCGCCGCCGGUGUCGUACUACACGCGGAGCAUAUUUGUACGACAAGUGGAGGGUAUUUUAGCGGACCUGCAAAGGGCUGUGCUUACGGGGGCGCGGGGGGCGCAGUUGGAAAGGAUUGAGGCUUAG